GCAGUUAAACAUUACUUGAGCCGCACUGUUCCGAAAAAAGAUUAUGAAGAAGGUCACAACAGCAAUAACAGUUAUGACGAUGACCAUCAUCUUGGAGUGGACGACUCUUCUCAACUUGAAUCAAGUUCACCAUUCGCCAGAGGCUGGUAUCCAACUGGAGGCGUUUGA